AUGUUCAUCGGUUUCACGGUCACCGCCUCCGUCGUUACCCCUCGAAACCCUCCCUUGGUCGGCCUAGAAGCAGGCAUCAUCAAGGGCUAUGUUGACAAGCGAGGGGGGCCUGACGAUACUUCUCAGCCGCCCGAUCGGAUCGAGAAUGUACAGUCACCCAAGAACUUCGAUAUUGCAAGGAGGCCUUUUGAUGUCGAUAAGAGUACCAAUGACCAUUACCUCGACUUUAUAGACAAAUGGCGCUACAAGGUCGGGAGGAAGGCUGUAAAGGGCGACGGAAGUCAUUGGGUUCUCCCAUCGGAUACAGAUCACGACUGGUGGGACGUUCCACUACAAAGCGAAACUGUCCAACUGGUACUGAAAGUCCGAAAGGACAACCUCUACCUGGACGGGUACAGUGCCAAGACCGCUGACGGCAUAGAAUGCUAUCAAUUCAUGGGUGUCGAGGAUGUAUAUGGCGGGGACGAGUUUCAUGAAUUGGCGUAUGAUGGCAGUUACGGCCAACUGGAGAAACCCCCCGCAAGUUUGCCUGGUGCGGGAGUUGAUGGUAGAGAUUCGUUCAUACUCAACAAGGCGAGAAUGGCAGACGCCGUCAUCUCAGUCGCUACUCUGCCGGAACGCAUACGCAAAGGAAACGACAGAAACGCAAAGGACAAGCAGAAUUUAGGAAAGGAUAUGCAAAAAUUACAGAGGAGUUUGAUCGUCAUCAUCGAGAUGGUAUGCGAAGCCAUCAGGUUCCGAAAGCUGUCGACGGAUAUCAGUGCCAACUGGUAUUUGGAAAGUGGCUCGAAAGCAAGCAGGCCGGAAUAUCGUAGGCUCCUAGAACAACGCAGGCAGCAAGUGAACUUGGAAACAGACUGGAAGAAAAUGUCUCUGCAAUAUCACCGCAACAGGGAGAUGGGAACGCUCGACGGAACCCUGAACAGUCAAAUAGCCGUCAUCCUGGCUGCACCACCAGAACUGGCCGACAAGGCAAAAUUCAAGGGCGUCACUUCGGAGUCAUGCACUUUGUCCAAGCGAAAGAGGGGCAUCUGCAACUCCGACAAAAGGCCGGCCAAGAGCCCGCAUCAGAAACAGGGCCUAUCUGAGGGCUUUAGUUUUGUCACCGGUCUUACGUGGGGCAUUCUCGUGGCAAUUGUUACCUGCGAGGCACGGGGACAUUCGGUACGUUUACCCAUGAUUCAUGGCGGAUUUAAUCUCGGCAGUCUUCUAAUCGGCCCUCGGCCAUUGCAGCAGAAUCAUGUUCACCUGGUGGUGGUGCCUUCAAAGCACGUCACCCUCAUGGAUAGAAUCAAAAAGCUCCCUGCCAUGAUACUCUCGAUCGGGCCUACUUUCAUGCGGUUGUUUGACAUGUCAAACGUGACGGCUUUUAGAAAGUCCGUCAAAGACCUUGUAGAGUCGGUAAAGGGAAUCCCGGAGGCUGUGAAAAGCGCCGUGCAAGACCUGAGCAACGCGGAAAAUCUCGAGGCGUUCAAGAAGUCUGCCAGAGACCUUGGGGAAGGGUUACGGGGAAUCAUGGUGCCCGUGGGAGGCGUCAUGUUAGUCACCACUGUCGAAAGUGCCAAAAACUUGGACGCUUUUGCCCGCUCCCUUGGUGAUCUGGCAGAAGCAGUCGGCGAAAUUCCAGGGGCAAUGGAAGAUGGUUAUAACGACCUCCGAAACAGCACGUUCGACAUCGUAAGAGCAUUUCAGCAUCUUCCCUCACAACUGGCAAAGGCUGCCGGAGAUUUCAGGAAUGGGUACAAUCAACUUUUACCAGUAAGUUCCCGCCGGUACUGA